AUGUGGAACCUGAAUAUCUCUAUGAAGCCAAGCACCUUCCACAUCUUCUUGGAAAAAGCUCUGGCUAUCUUUGAUUGGAGGUUGCUACAUAUGGUUGAUGGAUUGAACUUCAAGGAAUUUAUUUCUUUUCUCUCUACCUUCAGCGCAAGGGCCAGCCUUCAGCAAAAGAUUGAGUUGAUAUUUAAGGUGUAUGGCAUUGAUGGCAAGGGGAAAGUAUCCUUCAAGGACCUGGGAGAGGUUUCACGGGACCUAACAGGCUCAUCCAUGUCAGAGAAACAAAGAGAGGUCAGGCUCACGUUUCCCCUCCUGCCCGCCGACGCACUGCUUGCAAACAGAAAUGAAGCGUCAAUGAUAUGA